AUGGAUGAGAGGAAGAGACAAUGCCAGUUGGAAGUGUCUCUAUACUCUCAGGCCAUUGAAAUCUUGGAACAGCUUCAGAUGUCUGUAGCACAUGUCAGACUUCUAGCCAAGCACAAGAUCAAAACACCCUCUGCAGCCUGGAGGCACAGUGCUCCACCUUUGGCCUGCUUGCCUUUGGCUUGUGCACCUUUAGCCUGCUCCAUUUCUACGCAAGAGACAUGUAGAGCCUGUUCAGUGCAGAAUGAUGUGUAUCUCAGCUCAGCCAAUUCCUCACAUUGGCAUGGCUUGAGCCCUUUAACAUCCAUACCCUCCCCCCAGGCCACUGCACAGCAGGAAAGUCCAGUGUCUGCCCUUUUGAGUCACAUCGGCCCCUCAAUGCCCCUACUCAGUACUUGGGUAACUGCUGAUGUUCAGAAUGCCUUUUACAAGGCAUUCCAGACAGAACUGGACAUGCAGUCAGAACUAAUGUCAAAAUCUCUUGCUACUAGGCAUAGCAAUGCCUACCUCUGCAAUCUUGGGCUGGAUCUGCUCAUCCUGCAUUCAAAGAUGCAACACACGCAAGCUGAGAUAAAGCUCUAUAUGGUGGCUAUUAAUAACACUCAUUUGUUGGACUCUUCCAAUCUUAGUUCACACUCAGCCUGGGAUGAAACUGUCGGAAUGUCUCUACUGCCUGGGGAAGCAAGCCCCUACGACGAUCUCUUUGAUGGUGAUAUUGAAGAGCCUAUUGACUUUGAUUUCAACCCAGACAAAUGCCCUGAUGACCCAAAACUAGAUUGA